AUGUAUCAGCAAAUUGAUUAUAAGAAUGGAGUUAGCGAGGAGAGGUUUCAAGAUAUAAAGCUGGAUCAUGUAUUUGCCUCGCCAUUUGAUAGCACCAUAGAAACCGCUUCUAUUAUUGUUGCCAACAAGGACACUUUAGUCAAGCCAGAACCAGGACUCUGUGAGGUGUUGUGUAAUUGCGAAAAUCCACCUGGCUUCCAAAGCACUAGUCGACUGAAGAAAAAAUAUCCCUUGGUUGACCAAGACUAUGAGCCCGUGUACGCGAAGGAAACGCUCCCUGAAGAGAACCGGGGUAACCGUUCGUGUUUGCGACGUCUUCGAAGAACACUGAGGUCUAUUACAUCGGAUUAUGACGGUGAUUUACUGAUCGUCAGCCACGCAGCUCCAAUCGCUGCUAUUCACGAAAUCUGUGGAUUCAACUUCACAUAUGUUGGACAGGCCACAGUCACGAAGUUCAUCGAGUCUGAAGACAAAAUUCGACUCGUCUUCACAGCCGACGCCAGCCAUCUUUCCGAUAAAAGCAAUCUGAGACCCUACUAG